AUGAUAACCAUUUCAUACAUCCCUGUCAUCAUUGUGUUGGGCGCUAUAGAGGAUGACAAUGAAUACGAGGACACCUCUACGGGUAAAUUUCAAGUGGAUUGCAUAAAAUGGCAUAACUAUUACCGCAAACUUCAUGGCGCGCCGACACUCAAACACAGCGCUAAAUUGGAAGACUUCGCACGAUAUCGUGCGGCGGAAAUGGCCAAAAAAGACGGCCGCAACUUUUUCCACCCUGAUGAUUUGCAAUAUGGCGAGAACUUAGCAUGGAACUCUAUUGUCAAUGUCAACUGUCGGGUUCCCCUCAAGCUAUGGUACGACGAGUGGAAGAUUUAUAACUUUAAUAAGCCUAACAUUACGUCCAGAAACGGCCACUUCACUCAAAUGCAUUUUGAUUAUUUAAACGAUAAAUUAAUCGUUUAUAUUCUAAGUAUGGCGAGAGACACGAAAAAUAGGCUGCGGUCAAGCAGUCAGCAAAGGAAAAGUUGGCGGAACUUUCACUGU